AGGGUGCAGCAUUUGAUAGUGGCUUGCCGGUUCCUGCCGGGUCACCCCAGGCACGUUGGGAAAUUCGGUCAAGCACGUGGUUGGGCUGGGCCUCCGAGCUGCCGCGUUUGGUUGGAGGAGGUCCCCUUGGAGUGUGUUUCCCAAGUUCUCUGGUUGGACUCGGACCCACUUCAGGAGUCCUACGCUCUUUGUCACGUGGCCUUAGCUUCCAGUCCUUACUCUGGGUCACCAGCCUGCCCUGCUGGAUUUCCUGAGGACUGAUGACGAGGCCCUGAACUUGCGUCCUGGGGUUGGGAUGGUGUCCAGGCUGAGCGUCUCUUUCCGAUUAGGGCUUUUCAACCUCCUGCCCUGAGGUUCCCGGGAGCACCCAGGCAGAACUGUCUGUUGAGGGAUUGUUGCUAACUUUUACAGCAGGCCUGCUGACCUGCCUUUGGUAGCUCAGCCCCUGCUGGGGGAGCUAAGUUCUUGGACCUGGGAUUCCAGGGAAAGUCGUGCCUAUCCUGCCUGUCCCAAUGGGGCAGAAUUGUGUCCUCUGGGAGAAGUUUCUAGAUUACAUGUGCACGGCAGGACACCCAGGUGUAAUGGCUGUACUGAGGGGUUCUCUGUGGGACCCUGUGAAGAGGUUCCAGAGGGGCCAAGCUGGGGAUUCCUUGAGCCUCAGAAAGGGGCAUUGCCCCCCUUUCUACUCAGCUGGGCACCCUGAGUUUACCCUGGCGGGUAAACACUGGAGUGUGGCGGCCUGUCAGCUGGCGGGUACACACCGGACUGUGGCGGCCUGUCAGCUUUUGCACUACCUCGUCAGGCAUGGUCCUCCUCCUAGGUGGGAAGAAAAGGGCACGACCGGUGUGAAGUGGAGGCAGCUGGAACACAAGGGCCCCUACUUCACCCCUGCCUAUGAGCCGCUUCCUGACAGCGUACGUUUUCUCUAUGAUGGAAAGCCGGUGAAGCUGAGCUUGGCAGCGGAGGAGGUUGCCACUUUGUACGGGAAAAUUCUGCAUCUCGAGUGUACGACCAAGGAAGUCUUCCAGAGGAACUUCUUCAGUGACUGGCGGAAGGAGAUGACAGCUGAGGAGAGGAAGCUUAUCACACACCUUGACAAAUGUGACUUCACGGAGAUCCACAGGCACUUCGUGGAAAGAACUGAGGCCCGCAGGACCCUGCCCAGGGAGCAGAAGCAGAAACUAAAAGAAGAGGCUGCAAAGCUGCAGCAGGAGUUUGGCUACUGCAUCUUAGAUGGCCACAGAGAAAAAAUAGGCAAUUUCAAGACAGAGCCACCCGGCUUGUUCCGUGGCCGAGGUGACCAUCCCAAGAUGGGGAUGCUGAAGAGGAGAGUUAUGCCAGAGGACGUGGUCAUCAAUUGCAGCAGGGAUUCCAGGAUUCCCGAGCCCCCCGCUGGCCACCAGUGGAAAGAAGUACGCUCAGAUAACACAGUCACGUGGCUGGCUGCGUGGACCGAGAACAUCCAGAACUCCUCCAAGUACAUCAUACUGAACCCCAGCUCCAAGCUGAAGGGGGAGAUGGAUUGGCAGAAGUAUGAGGUAGCACGACGCUUGAAGGGGGUUGUCAACAAGAUCCGCACUCAGUAUCAGGCGGACUGGAGGUCCCCAGAAAUGAAGAAAAGGCAGCUGGCUGUGGCUCUUUAUUUUAUUGAUAAGCUGGCACUGCGAACAGGAAAUGAGAAGGAAGAGGGGGAGACAGCUGACACCGUGGGCUGCUGCUCGCUCCGUGUGGAACAUGUCCGGCUGCACGAAAAGGCGGAUGGCCAAGAGCAUGUUGUGGAGCUGGACUUCCUGGGGAAGGAUUCUAUCCGCUAUAAUAACCGUGUGCCAGUGGAAAAGCUUGUGUUCCAGAAUCUUCAGGACUUCAUGAAGGACAAAGACCCGAGGGACGACCUGUUUGAUGCACUGACUACUGCCAGCCUGAACAAGCACUUGCAGGACUUGAUGGAGGGGCUGACAGCCAAGGUGUUCCGGACCUACAAUGCCUCCAUCACUCUGCAGGAGCAGCUGCGGGUGCUGACCAGGGCUGAAGACAGCCUAACCUCCAAAGUCUUAGCUUACAACCGGGCGAACCGAGCUGUGGCUGUCCUCUGUAACCACCAGAGAGCAAUCCCCAAGACCUUCGAGAAGUCGAUGCAGAAGCUCCAGCAAAAGAUUGAAGCCAAGCAGGCCCAGGUGACUGAGGCCCAGGUGGAGCUGGAGCAGGCCAAGUCUGACCUUAGAACGCGAGGGGAGAACAAACCCAAAAGUUUGCUGCAGAAGCAGCGGCGGCUGCUGAAGCUGGAAGAACAGCUGGCCCGACUGCGCGCGCAGGCCACAGACAAGGAGGAGAAUAAGCAGGUGGCGCUGGGCACCGCUAAACUCAACUAUCUGGACCCCAGGAUCAGCAUUGCCUGGUGUAAGAGGUUCGGAGUGCCCAUAGAGAAGAUCUACAGCAAGACCCAGAGAGAGCGGUUUGCCUGGGCCUUCGAGCGGGCAGACGAAGACUUUGAAUUCUAAGCUGCUCCUGACACUUUCUCACUGUGAAGCAAUGCUGUCGUUUUCUGUAAUAAAAUUUUGGGGGGACAGUGUCUGUUGUGGCCUAGAACAAAGGCCCCAACAGCCUGUCCUUGGAAGCAA